GAUUAGGAGGAAAGAAAAUGUCAGAAAGUGAAGAGUACACGCACAUACAGGUGAGCUUGAUUUUUUGCACAUUAUCCAGUAACCCGAAAUUUAGUUUUGAGCUUUAAUAAUCUUACGUACGAUUGCGUUCGAACAUUUUCCUUGCUUCACAUUGAGCGAUGCGGAGACUAAAGUGAUUCUGUUGUUUUUGAAUUAGACGAUGUUAAAAUUAUCCUUGUUCGUUCUUCCUAUGUACGUGCGUAUCUUCCUCAUAAAAGCCGAGUGGGUUCAUCUGAUGGUCGCGUAACGUUGAACCGAUUUGAGUAGUACGUGAAGAAAUAAGAAUGAAAAUGCUUUAGUUUGGAAUAAACAGCGACGAGGUUGAGGGAAUUCGUGACGAAAGCUUGUCCUGUACCUAAAUACGCCAAUCUUUAGAAUUGCCUGAUCUUAACGCCAGCGCAACUUUUCAAAGUAACUUUAAUUUUCUAAAAAAUACACGGGUAUUGUGUAACGAGGAUCAGCCAGGGCUGCGCAUUCUCACCAGGUUGAUAAGCUUAAAUAUUACCAGAGUUAGCGUUGCACUGUAUUUUGAACUUUCAUCAGAUACAUACACGUAUGCUAUGUGCAUGGCAAACGACCUCUCUCUAUCUUUGUCAUAAAAAUAGUCGUUUUGAUGUCACGAGGCCGGCUAGUUGUUGGUUUAUGAGUCAUCAUCAAAUUUUGGAAUUUAUCACCAUAACACAAUAAACCUAGUAUCAAUGUCAUUGCCAUUAGUUGUGUAUCACAUGUUUUACUCUUAUUACUGUUGACAUGUGAUAUCCUGCAGAUUGUGGGACUGCAAAACAUUGUAUCUCUACCCCCAGGCAAAGAUUUAUAAUUUUAUCGUACAUGUAACAGUACACUCAUUUUCAAGAGGGCAUUAAUUUUUUCCUUUGUGAUCUCAGUGUCAUCAUGCAAAGUAAUAAAGUGCUAUGGUUUCCAAAGCCUGUCAGAUGUUUUUGUCAUGUAUAUCAGUUUGUCAACCAUGCAAAACAAUAGCAUUCCAAUCCUAUCAUUCAAACUUACUGAUCAAUAUAAAUGUCAAAUAAAUGUAUUCAGUCACAGUUUGUGAACAAGAAGCAAAAAAUUGUGCAGUAAGGGAGCUCCCAGCUAUUGUGUUUAUAGAAAGGCUCAUAUUAGGUGGAAUGCUGGUCACUGGAUAGAUGCCUAGUCAUGCAUACAUGUAAGCAAACUAAAAGAUACUUACAUUUUCUAUGGAUUUAACUUUCUUGUAGGAUGCAUUUAAGAAAUUAAAAGAAUCAUUUAGGUCUGGCAAGACAAGAGAUGUGGAGUAUAGAAAAGAUCAGCUUAGAGAAUUACUGAGGCUUAUGGAAGAAAAUGAAGAUGCAAUUGCAGAAGCUCUUGCCAAGGACAUGCACAAGGUUUGGCUGUUAUGAAAUACCAUAAAUCCUCUAUUAACUCUUUAAGUCCCGAUAGUGACCAACAUCAAUUUUCUCCUAACAAUAUCCAUAUGUCCUUUUGUUACCAAGAGAAAUGGUUAUGAGAGUUAAUAAAAUGAUCACCUAAGAGAAAAUGCUUUGAUCUUCUACCAAAUUCUCUCAACUUAUUCCUUAAGGAAAUGUAUAAAGACCACUUUGGAGAAUUUGUAUGUGAAUAUUGGGGCUUAAAAGGUUAAGCCCCCCCUCUCAAAUAAGCCCCCUCCCUCUAAUAAGCCCCCCCUUUUCAGUGGAAGAAAGUUAAUAAGCCCCCCUCUCUAUUAAGCCCCCUCCCCUCCCCUAAAUGUUCUUUGAAUUAAUAAAUGAUAGACUGCGUUAAUCAACCACGACUGUAAAACUGCAUGUGCACUGAUCCAGGAUGGUUUAUUUAUCAACUGGAAGUUCAGAUUUGAUUCUGAUCCUCAGCUUCAUGACCUAAAAACUUCUUGUACUUGAGCUUUUCCACUUCGUAUUCUAGUUCUUUAUGGAGAACUGAUACCAUCGUCUUUUCUGAAUUAGAUAAGCUCCCCCUCUCAAAUAAGCUCCCCACCUCAAUUAAGCCCCCCCUCAAAUGGGCUUGAAAUAAAUAAGCCCCCCCUGGGGGCUUAAUAGAGGAUUUAUGGUAAACUAUCAGUGAAAACUCGCAUCCCAGUUGAUAUCAUUACCCCUUUUAUCCACCCAACCCUUGAAAGGUUGAGCAAACUGCCUUUGAAGACUUAAUCUGUUUCUUUUCUUUAUUAUUUCUUUCCAGCCAAAGCAAGAAGCUGUUUUGGCAGAGGUUUUGAUGGUUAAGAGUGAUAUCACAUAUGGUGAGAUAGCUAUCCAGUUCAGCCGAUUAAGCAACAAUAGGGCCAUUUAUACGAGGAAAAAUAAGACGCGUCUUACAUAAGACGCAAACUGUACCAUUUAUACGAGCAUGUCUUAUCUAAUAAGACGCGUCAUAGCUAAGCUGCGUCUUAUUUUAGAUGAAAUGUGCCGUUUAUACGGAAAGUUCGCGUCUUAUGCAAGACACGUCUUAUUUUUCCUCGUAUAAAUGGCCCUAAUAAUGUGUUAACAGGCUCAGUGGUAUCCUGAGAAAACAGCCUACAUUCCGCCACUCCACGACAGGUUUCUCUGCAAAAUGACGUCUGAGAAACGAGUGUAGAAAUUUCAUGCUUAUGACACGUCACUACCCAGAUCUGGUUUGUGCCUCUGAUUAGAUGAGGCAAAAUUUUCAACCAACCCAGAUCUGGGUAGUGACAUGUCAUCAGUAUGGGAUUUGCGCACUCAUUCCUCAGACAACAUUUCGUGGGAAACCAGUGGUGAAGUUGUGAAAUGUCGGCUGUUACCUCAGGCUAGCUCAGUGGGUGAAAGUUACACUUAUUGAGAGAUGUUUAUAAAUUUGUCAUCAUUUACAUCAUGCAUGGAUUUCUUUGUUUAGACAUCAGCAGUCAUUGUGCGUGAGUUAUUUUUUUAAUCAGGUUCUUGUUAAUUAAAUAUGAUGUUGCUUCUAUUUCCAUCAGCUCUCAAUAACUUAUCUGAUUGGGUCAAACCUGAAGCACCAGAAGUUCCGUUGGUUAAUAAAGCUGAUAAUUGCUUUGUAAUCAGUGAGCCACUGGGCAUGGCUUUAAUUAUUGGAGCAUGGAAUUAUCCAGUACAGCUCACCCUCCUUCCUCUUGUUGGGGCAAUUGCUGCUGGUAGGUUGUAUACCAUUAAUUAAUCUAAUAGACACCCACCUCAAGUAAAUGUCUCUUGUCUAACAAAAGCUCCUCUACAUUUUUAUCAUGCACCUCUAAUUGUGGUGCUGUAUUAUUUGCCAAAAGCAUGUUAGAUUUGUGGAGUUACAAUUUUCUUUUAAAUGCCCCUGCUUAGUCUCUUAGGAUUAAAUAGGUGUCCCAGGCAUCUAUCACUAUCCCAGCGCAUCAUUUUUGUACUUGUGAAUGAUGACAACAAAAUUUGCAAAAAAAUUAUAGACAAUUAUUAUCUCUUACAAGCGUGAAUUUCUAAGUGAAUCUCAUCUAUCAAUUCUGUGUAGAUAUUAUGAUCUGGUUUCAGAUGUGUACAUGUUGUCACUCAAAUUUUUCUUGUGAUGAAAGUGGCUUAAAUAUUAUAUCAGUUUGUUUCAGUUUAUGCAGGUCAUUUGUGAUAGACCUAAAAGUUAAACUGGUUUUGACAAACGUCUACCUAAAAAAAUCUUGUGACCACAAAAUUUAUGAAAUAGCCUAUAAGUAUAACAUUUUGUACACUGUUGGUGAUUUCUGUGUUAAACUACAUGUACUUUUGAAACAGGUAACUGUGCAAUAAUCAAACCAUCAGAAGUAUCGUCACAUGCAGCAGAACUUGUAGAGGAGAUGAUACCAAAAUAUCUUGACCAGGUACAUACAUGUAUUAUUUUGAGUUACCAGACAGGAAACUGUGAGUUGCAUGUUCCUUUUUUUGUCGUUGUUGUUUUAAAGUUUGUUUUUAGAGAAAGGGGUGGGGUUAAAAAUAUUUUAACCCAUUUGAAGUGUCCUGUUUCCUAUGCUUCAAACAGAAAACAAAAUAGGGAAUGUUUUUGUUAGUGUGCAGCUGUGUAGGUGUAGAGUGGUUGUGCACAGGCUGACAGAACAAAGUUCACGCCAAGUGGGGUAAUCCGAGACAGUUUUGGAUUGUGGAUUUCAGGCUGUGUAUUCUGGAUUCCACGUACUGGAUUCCGGAUUGCUUGUCAGUAGAACUUGGAUCCCAGAUUCCAAGGAUUCCGGAUUCCACAGGGAAAAAUGAAUCCAGAUUACCUUACAUGGAGUGAUAGAUGAUGGGGUGACAAAGUGAUACGUGUAGAUUGAAAUAAUAGUGCAGUAAUGAUCCAGAAUUUUAAUUCCAUUCCAGGACUGUUAUGCAGUUAUCACUGGUGGAGUGGAGGAAACAAAGUAUUUACUAAACCAGUGCAAAUUUGACAAGAUAUUUUACACAGGUGGUAGUGCUGUGGGUAAAAUAGUCAUGGAAGCAGCAUCAAAGAACCUAACACGUGUUACACUUGAGCUUGGAGGAAAAAGGUAGAAUUGCUAGAGAUAUGAAAUCCUUACCCACUAUAAUCAUAAAUUCUUGUUGCUGGAAAUUAAAUGGUUUAAGGGAACAAUGUCAUGAGUAAUGGGAAUAUGACAGUCUGCGUGAGAGUAGUCCGAAACGGGACAGCUGUAAGCAGCGAAGGUCAUUUCAACAAUCCGUGUACUUAGCAGUCACUAAUCUGUUCAUGUUGUCCUUCAGCAGCCUAAUUAAAAAAUAUAAAACUGUUCAAGUGAGGCCUUAAACUGCUGCUUAAAAAAGUAAAAUCCAAAAUCCAUACUUUCGUCGAUCAACGGCAUCAUCAGGGAUGAGAAAAUAUUCCGCGCGCGCUAUAUAUAUGCGAAGAAAGUGUAGGGUGAAGUGUGUAAAAGAUGUGACGUAUGUAUGAAAGCUAUAGAAAUAAACUGUGAAUGGACUACAACGCUCCAAUGUUGGAGUGUCUCUAGAAAAAGGACCUCUAAAAGCGCGUAAGAAUGGUCUCUAAAAUACUAAAAUAGAAUGUCUUCGAAUUCACUACAUUCCACCCGGGAAUUGAGUGUAGGCUUGCACUUUCUAAUGUAAAAUGCUUCAUAAUGCGUAGAUUAGGGGGGUCGUUUUCGCUCGUAAUAAUCUUGACCUCAAUGCCUUUAUAGUCUUUGUUCUGGCAGGAAUAGAUAUGUUUUUCCACGGAGGAGCUGUCAUAUUUGAGAUGUUCUUUAACGCGGUCGUGUGGUCUUGUGCUGCCAUAAUUAUACCUUCCGUCUCCUUCUUUAGUCUGUGUCGUGCUAUGAAUGUAUUGCUGAUCGCAGCUGUUACACGUUAGCUGGUACACUGCAUUUCUUCGUAAACACAAUCCGGUGUAGGGCGUUUGUCUCUAGUGCAUUUGCGGUCCGUGGAGGUGAGGGUUAGGGCUCGUCUGAGAGUGUAGGAUUUGUGGGUAAUGCGUACCGGGAUGUUUUCUUUACUAAAAGUGAUCCUGUGAUUGAGUCGUUCAGAAAUGUACGGGACAUGUAUGACCAUUCUGUGUUGGCAGGUUGAGGGUUUCGUUCGGGGUUUUGUGGGCGUUUUGGCUGCUCUAUACUGUCGUUAAGGCGAAGAAUGUCAUCGAAUGUGUUUAGGUGUGAGGAGCAUCUGUCUCGAUGCGUUUUCGUUCGUUGCGAUAAAUUUGAUUUUGGAUUUGGUGGGAAUAGCGGAUUGAUGGUGGACAAAUAGAGGUUUCUUGGCUGGCUUUUUGUAGAAUUCAAAAGAGCUGUUACCAUCCUUGGAUAUGGUGACUUUGAAAUCGAGUAAUGACAAUGACAGGCCACUCGGUGUUAUUUCUGGUUUUUCUAGUUCAAAUUUCAAAUUAUGGUGCACUUUGUUGAUUAUAUGGUGGAAGUGGUCUGCUGUUUCUUCUAUCUCUUGUAAGGGCUUAUCGUUAGGUUCGAGGAGAGGGCUAUGGUUUCUCUCACUAUUAGAGACACGCCCCUCACCAAAACGAAUCCGGAAAUCUUUUAGCCUCUUCACAGACCCUCUAUUUUCACUUUAGAUAUCGGUGAGCGCGCGUAUGAUAAUAAAAACAGGGAGAUUUAUUCACCACAAAUGCAAGAGCGGUAGGGGUGGGGAGAGGUUUCUUUCUUUUCUCUCUCGCUGCGCGCGCGCUGUACCCUGGUUCCAGAGGUCUGUUCUCAAUAUACCUAAGAUGAAAUAAACCAUCCUUACCGUUUGAUAAGGCUCCCGAGACGCUUUCUCUCGGCGCUUUGCAUGUCGACCGCGAAUCAUCAGUAUCGAUAAGAAAAAAAUAUCCUCUGGAACCCAGGGUACGCGCGCUGUCGAAUUGUCGAAAAAAUCUUAGAUAAACGUCCGUGGUCAGGCUACAAUCUUGGACAAAACUGUUGAGAAAAUUGUAUACUUGGACAACAUUUUUCUUGACAUCGUAGCUGUACCGGUUCUUCCCUCUCCCCCUUCCCCUGAAAGCGGUGUUGUUGUGUAUUCAAAAGAAAGCCUGAUUCCUGGGCAUUUGUGGAUCGGAAGCAACAUUGAAUUGGGGGAAGGGGUUUUCUUUCCGCAAAGGCGUCGUUUUGGAAAUAGUUUUGUUGCGUAGGAAAGUGGACAUAAUGGGGAAAACUUUCUCAGGUAGUUUUGUCCGGGAUUGUAGAAAUCUUUGUUACCGCAUAUUUUUUACACGAAUCGGCCUUCCGUCCACAUGCAAACAGUGAAUCUGCUCAUUGAAACGGUAUCGUUUUGAAACCGGUCUCCAGAGAGUGUUUUAAUUGUCCGACGGAAUUGCGUAUUCUUGUAUGAGACUAUUGAAACUGGGUGUUUUCGAAUUCAAUUAAGUAAUGCGGGAUUCACGUGGAUGGGGCCAUAGUGAGUUGUGUAUCGACACUAUGGUUUUAAGUUGAUUUAUUGAUCAACUGCAGCACUCAAAAUACUUUUUGGAAAGUGUUCCCGCCAAAGUAAUUUUUGCUCGGUCAGGUCUCGUUUCCGACAAGUCAAAAAUAGUAGUACACGAAAAAAAGUUCACUAGUAACAGCUUGUAAGCCGAAAUGUUAGCAUUCACUCGUUUUAGUCGUCGCUUGACCGUUUAAAAAGUGACUUAGUGGAGAAAAUGAUUCGGUCGCGGGCGAGAUAGACAGCCUUUUUUCGCUGAAUAACAACAGAGGCUCGAGGAUGAUAUUUACCGCAAGAAGAUGUCUGUGUUGACUGCAAAAGUAACAUGCUACCCAACCGUGACUCUCUAAGUGUUUCCUCCAAAGUCCAUAGUAUUCAGCAAAACGUUUGAGGUCAAAGAUUGUUUCGUUUAGUUUCACUUCGUUGCGGAAUACUGUAAUAGGAAGCUUAAGCAAUCACACGACGACAGUGACAACGACAACCUCAAAAGAACAUUUUGUUUUGAGCGUAACGGCAGUCUCUCGUUUUUUAGUACAUUUCCUUGACGUCCACUGCACGACUUCGACAUGAGACCUCCUAAAGCGACGUUUCAAAGAGAACGUGAACAUACGACGACGAAUUUUCAAUUUUCUAUUUUGAACCUGGAUAAAAAUCCUUAGGAAAUCAACUCCAGGUGAAAUGGCCUACAUUUGAGAAAUUGAGUGGGUACAAAUAAACGGGAUAAAGUUUGAAAGGACGCAAAUUCUUUUUUUAGCAAGGUUUUCACUGCUUCCGUCGUCUUUGUUGCUUAAUAAGCCCCUAAUUAGCAGUGACCGGUCAACAUGACCGGUGUGGGAAUUUUUGGGCUAUAAAAGCUGCCAUUCUGGCCGGACAUUGUCCUUUGACCGGCCUUUAUUUUGAGCCCUGAACUGGUUGAUUAAAUGGUGAUGUCACCGGCUAUGAGGACACGAAACUUUGAUCCAUCUUUUUUCAUUGUCACUGAUCCUUUGCCAUUUUUGUUAUUCCAAUUUGUCAGUUUUUGUUCACUUCAAGAACCAAUACGCUUCUGGUUUGCAAAUAUCAAUAGAUGACGUCAAUGCAAGUAACGUAUUUACUCGAAUAAGCGCCGCGGCCCUGAUAUAAUCAAAGUAAAAAAGGCAUUAAUUCUUGUCGUUUAAUACGAAAAAUGUCGCGUACAACUUUCAAAUAAACGCCGCCGUCAAUUGACGACCGUCGCAUUGAGGCGUGAAAAUUUUAUAAGCGUUUCGGCGCUCAUUCGAGUAAAUAGGGCAUAGCUAUUUCAUCAUAAUGAACCCCCUGUCGUCUUUUUUUCAGCCCGUGUUACGUUGACAAGGACUGCGAUCUUGAGAUAGUCGCUAAAAGAAUUUCUUGGGGAAAAUUUGGAAAUGCUGGACAGGUCAGUGUACACAAAAUACUGUAAUUUUUAAAUACUCGCUAUUAACAUCAUUCCGCAAAGUUCUUUUCUAGUACUAUCCUUACAAUGUAUCUCAUAAGCAUUUCCGGUUUUUUCCUUUUCUUAUUUCAGACAUGUGUCGCUCCAGACUACCUUCUGUGUCACCCUGAUGUCCAAGAGGAGCUCAUCAAACGCUUCAAAGAAACUUUGUUUGAUUUUUAUGGAGAGGUGAGCGAGGGCUAUUCCGUCAUUCAUUCGUAGUUUACAAGGACAGUUAUCAGAGAGUUUACGCAACCACAUCGACGAUGUAUUCGCGCUUUUUCUAACUUUAUCGCGUUACCAGACUCUAGCUCGCUAAAUUUGUCAAAUGUUGGCGAAUUUCCUUAUAGUUAAAUUGUCAGGGACAGCAGCCAAGUUUUAAAAGAGGAAAAAAAUUUUUCUUUCUAUGUUCAAGUCGCAUUAGGAAGUUUCCGUUGGCAGUUCCACGACAAAGAAGUGUACCAAAGAUUGUGGUUCACGUGCGGAGUUGUAUUGUUCAUUUAACCUGUUGCUUUUAUGACGUUGUUGCGGGCGUCGUCGUUUUCGUUGAGUUAACUCCAAAGUAAAUGAUUAUUAGCUCCAUAGUUUACGUUGCUUAGGUCUUUUCUCUGUGGAAGAAAACUCGAAGUCAAGUUUGAAAAUCCAACACAGAGCGUUCAGAUGCAGAGAAGACCGGAGCUUUCUGUUGAAAUCUUAAAUGUUAUAGUUCAUUACGAGGAAGCGUGUCCAGAAAAGAUGGAAAUCUUCAGACCUAUUCCUUUUUUCAAUAUUCUUUUAUUACAAUUCUCUCCAUUUCAUCUCAAUAAAGGGCAUUUUUCCCCUGUUUCAACUCGAAAAUUUCCGUUAUUGUGUAUUCAUUAUUCCUUAUCAUCCCCAGAUGAAAACUCAAAUGGUACCGCGGUUUAUUCUUGUACGAGUGGAAUUUAGUAGUACCACUGGGACUAGCCUGUACACAGGCGUUGUUAAAUAAAUCACUCGCGGUUUUUAUUUCCCUACGCGCGCUCGACGAUCUCUAAAGAGAAAAUAGAGGGUCUGUGAACAGGCUACACUAAGACCGUUUCAUUAUGACGAGAUUUUCCUUGCAAAUGGUAAAAGGCUUUACGAAAUCUUUCUUACUAAACUAAAACAUCUAGACUAGGUCCUUUUUCAUACUCGGACUCAAGGUAACUGUAUCGAACCGUAUCGUCACAAAAAUCAGAGCAAGAAUUAACUCUGGCCAAUCAAAACGGACACAGACGUGCCAAUGAACCAAUCAGAAGUUAGAUAUGUGUAGCCGACGUUAAGCGCGGGAAACUGAAAAAGCUGCCAGCAACGAGUCGUGAUUUGUUAUGUUUUUUUCUUCUAAUUGGUGAAAUAGAGGCGCGAAAAGUUUCAGCCAAUCACAAGACGUUGCAAUCCAAAACGCAAUCGUGGAAUUACUUGGGACGCUGUAAAAACUGCUAUCUAUGCGAAAAUAUUGGCCUGUAUUUUAAAUUUGUUGCUAUCCUUUUUCAUUGCAAAGGACCCCAAGGAGUCACCAGACUAUGCAAGGAUUGUGAACAACAGGCAUUUCAAGUAAGUUCACCGCUUUUACGGUGUGGUCUUAAAAUUUGGAAUAUUUGAAAGCUAACCAAAUCACUGUUGCAACAAAUAACACCUUGAAAUGAAGACUAUAGUGAACCGAUGUGAACCUCGGAAAAGCAGAUUUUUAAAUGAAGACAUGAUCCUCUAUGUUGUAAUAGCAAUUUAAGCAAUUUAACCCGGAAAAAACGGGGCUUCAAUGGCAUUCCAACCCACGGUCUCUGUGUGACACCAUGCCGACUCCUUUGAAAAGAAGUUACAUGACAUACUACAGAUCUAAACAAGAAAAUUGCACACGUCUAAACAUCUCAGUGAAAUCGCUUUGUUACAGUAAACGAUUGCGCUUUUUCACUCGCCAAAAUCAAUGUAAAUAACAGGCUUAGGACGCGCCCCGGAGCCUGGGGACAUUUUAUCAUCGCAUUUUAUUUCUUUCCUCAUUUCAGCCGCUUAAAAAGUUUAAUGUCCACUGGGACUUGUGCAAUUGGAGGCGAGACAGAUGAGAGUGAAAACUACAUCGCACCGACAGUAAUCACGGGAGUCAAACCCACUGACCCACUCAUGGAAAACGAGGUACGGACAACGUUUUCAAGGCCACUACACGUUUUUAGUGUAAACACAGCUUGACCUAGCCAAUACAGCUUCCCGCGAAACAUCCCCACCGACGGAGGGUAGUUGUAAGCAGUCUUGUACAUUCUUCCAUUCAGGGUAUGCACUUCUGGGAACAAUGUCGCAUCGGCAAUAGGACACAUUCGAUGGGGUCGAUUUAAGCAUGCCGUAUUUAUGAAUAAACGCCAAAUGUAAAGCAAAAGAUAUAAUAUUAUGUCGACAAGAGCCGCACUUUUCCUGUACCAAUGCAGCGCUUGUUCUGAUAUGACUGAUUAGAUUACGAGAUGGACUUUGUUUCUUCGUUCUUAGCUUUUUGCGAACAAAACAAAGAAAAAGAAAGAAACAACUUGUAGUCUGUGUUAUUUGUGAAUCAGAAAGUUUAUGUAAGCGCUACCUGCAACUAAGCGCAGUACCGAGAAGUCGAGAAACUUAAUACGAAGUGCGUACGUAGAGGCCUUUACUUGUUGCGCUUAACAUUCUGCCAACAGAGGGCACUAGUAACCAGCUCGAUGACUGCUUGUUUGGCUUGUUUGAUGCUUGCAUUGUGCAAUUUAACACAUGCCCUUAAAGAGGCUACUCGAACUAAGUUUCACUUGAACAAGUCGCAAUCGAGUCAUCUGAAGAACGUUUGCCUUAAUAAAUGGACUAUAUGUUGGUUUGAGUUAUCAUUUACUGAGAAGAUUUGCUCUAUAUUGUUCUAAUGAAUGGAGUGAUGUGUUUUGCAGGUAUUUGGUCCUCUGUUGCCAAUAGUUAACGUCGACAAUGUGGACGAAGCCAUAGAGUUUAUUAAUGACAGGUAUGAAACGUAUAUGAGAGUGAGAGACCUUAACAUAGUACACGUUAAACAUUAUUAUUAUUAUUAUUAUUAUUAUUAUUAUUAUUAUUAUUAUUAAUUUUCUUUUAUUAUGAUUAUUUUUCCAUGGCUGUAGGGACAAACCACUGGCUCUGUACAUCUUCUCUAACGACAAAUCCAAGGUUGAUCGUAUCUUGAAGAACACGUCUUCCGGGGGAUUCCUGGCAAAUGACACGGUUGUACAUGCUGGAGGUAAGUUGUUGUUAAAUAGGCCAUUUUACAGUUAUGGUUGGAGGCGAGGAUGGAGGCGACUUUGUUUUGAUACAAUUUAUUAUGCAAAUGAAGUUGUUUUCAUGCUAACUAGCAUUUUCCAAGGACAAUUUCCAUAACAAAACAAAGGACGUUUGUAUCAAAACAAGGUCAACCUCAGCCUCACGUUCACACGAAGGCUAGGGUACUAAGUCCACAACUUUUAAACUGGUCUAUUGAGAGAUUUGGAAUCACGCCCAAGGAAAACGGCAAACUUCAAUCAGUACCACUUGACCUGAAAUUCCAUUUUUUUCUGUUUGGGAAGUUUCAGAAAACAUGUUCAGUGGUUUGUGUCAGUAGCGGGUAGUUCUUUUACCAGGUCAAAUUUUAUUGUUCGCUGUUUAUGCACAAGAUUACCACCCGGGUGGUUUGUGUAACUAUAGUAAGCUCCCUUACAAGUUUUCCUUUCCUUGUCGUCUGCUACUCAAUUAAGCAACUACAAUGACGACGGCUGCUAAAACGUCUCUUUAAAAUCGAAUUCUCGCUGUUUCAAAAUUCAUCAGUACAAGGUGAUGCAAUAAGAACUUCAGUGUACUUUAAUAAAUAUUCCAAUCAUUAGAUACUCGCAAUUUGUUUUUACACAAUUAAUUGUUAAUAGGGAGCUUAAGAAAAGCCGACAACGAACGAGAACGACAAAAAUGCAUAAGGCCUUGAUAAGCACGUACAUCAUUCUUUUUUAUACAUUCCUCUGUCGCAGUUGUACGUCUACGAUGUGAAACUGCCUAAUUUCACGUUUUGUUGAGGACAUGAACACAAGACAACUGUUUUCUUAUUCUCUUAUUAAACCCAGAUACUUUCCUUUAGAAUUCAAUCCCAGAAAAAUUCACCAACAUUUGAAAAAUUAAACGACGUGGAAUAUCAGCAGUGAAUUUUGAAACAGUGUGAGUUCAUUUUCACCACCGUCGUCAUUGCUUAAGCUCCGUAAUAAGGCAGAAUGGAUUUCAGUUCGGGGAAUAGUCGUAUUACCAUUGCUAAUAAGAGGUCUACAAUCCAAUCAGUUUAUUCCUUUCGGUAUUUCAUUGUAGUUCACACUCUGCCUUUUGGCGGUGUUGGCGGAAGUGGAAUGGGUGCAUAUCAUGGCAAAUAUUCGUUUGAUGCAUUCUCACACAAGAAAGGUUGUGUUUUGAAGAAACAGAUGUUGGAGUCUAUUAAUAGGUAAAUAGCUUCCUUCAUUCUAUGCGCUAACCAGCAAAGAGCAAGGCUGAUACUACGUCUUGACAAAAUGUAAAAAAUGCAAGUGGACAAGAAUCAAAGAAUCACGCUGAUGUUAAAUGUGAAUAUAUAUAGCAACAACUUAACCUAACCCUAACACUUACUUUGUGUACGAAUCAUUUAUCUGUCAACGUCAGUUUGGCGGAUGGAAACAAGGCCACAACCGAACUCAGUGCCGGAUCCAGACCUUAAGAUAAGUGGCGGUCAUCUAGAACCUUAGAUGGGGGGUUCCAAAAUUUUUUAUUCAGUUUGGUCUAAAAACAUGGGGGGUGGGGCGGUCCCCCCGGGCCCCUCCCCUGGAUCCGCCACUGGGUCUUUAUCCUCAAGCUAUCGAGCGUUCCCUGAACAACCACUGCCCUGCCUUAGGCCCUUUUCAAAACUUGGUCACGUGCGUGGAUACCACUUAGCAACGAACCGUUGCUAAGUGAUUUCCAAGUACUUGAGCACGUUCUACAAAGGGCUAAUCGGAACUGUUUGUCAGAAACGAAGGAAAGCAUCUCGUCUCGAAUGAACGCCCUCCCUUGAGCCCCAGAAAUAUAUAAACAGGCUUGGGCGCUUAAUCUCGUUCUCAGAUCCUUCUUUCUUAGACCUUUGUGGUCGAGAAUGCCUGGCGAUAACGCCUAGUAUGCUAACGUCCAACACUGCUUUUACCAAAGGUUGUCGUUUCACCCAUGGGACACGUUAAUACUCUAGGGACAAACCUGCUCACUUUCCCGAAGGCUAAGGUGAUUUCUUUCUAUAUUUUCAGCUUACGUUAUCCUCCGUAUGAAGAGAAGCGUUUUGCCUGGAUCCGUUGGCUUAUGAGCUCGAAGGAAAAUUCGAUAAAAUCACUUUCAGACGUGCCUCCUCUUCUCCUUUCAAUACCGGUGGCGAUCAUUCGAAAGGUGCCCUGUUUUAAUUGUCGUCGUUGAUUAUUUAACAACCUCGUCCCUUGGCUUUUCCUUAAGUAAGUCUGAAGUAAGUCAGUAGGUAACAUUUUUUAUUUAAACAGGGUAAUGCAUUAUAGAUGAAACAAGCUAACAAACCCAUGGUUCUCGAAUUGAAAUUCAGAGACUAAAAUAUUUACACAAUAAUAAUAAUAAUAAUAAUAAUAAUAAUAAUAAUGAUAAAAAUAGUAACCGAAUAAUAAUCAUCUCGUAUGAUCUUAAUAUCUCUGCAUAAUGGAAUUCUUUAUUUUAUAGAAUUUUGAACUUUUAUUAUUAAUUAUAUCUAUUUCCUCUUCUUUUAUGUAAGGUUAAGUUACUUCUAUUUUUUAGAAUUUGUAAAUGAAUAGUUUUUUCUUUCUUCACUUAUUAUAUAUAGGAUUGUUUUUGUUCUCUAAUGAAGGCCGAGGGGUUUCUUUUGUAACGGAUGGAAUUGUAGGUAAUGUUUUGAUGAAUUUAAAUUACAAUUGCUUUAGUGCAUUUAAAAAAAAAUAAUAAAUAAAUUAAAAAAUAAUAAUAAUAAUAAUAAUAAUAAAAACCGUACAAAAAUUCUGAAAUACCAAGUAAGUUCACAAGUAAAAGUGUGUGAUAAAAUGUGUAAUAAAAACUACUAUUCUUGAAAUGAAAAAAAUACGGCGGAAAUUCUUGCAUAAAAACCGGAAUAUUAAAAAUUACUCAUUAAAACGUGUGUUGCUAGAAAGUGAAUUAGUUUAAAAAUCUCAAAAAAGUGAGUUAAAGUGAGCGAGAGAUUGUUGUUGUCCAAAAAUUAGGUUGCAAAGACCUUUUUGAUAACAGAAUUCUUAGGCGUCCUUCCAUUUAAAAUAAAAUAAACCGGCAAACCAUACCGCUCCACGCGCGGUUACAAGUUAAACUGCGUGAGUUAUACAUCCUUCACUUUCUCUUGUUAAGAAUGGAUAAAGUAAGGUAUAGUUGUAGUAUUUUUUUAUUCUUCCUGGUAAACCACUAUUUACUUGAAAAUUUCUUGUAGGUACGAUGAAACGGAAAAGCUCUGGGGACGAGGCUGUUUAUUGGGUUGUUGUAUUACUAGACCCUCUAUGUAGUUACACGAUCAAUAAUUAAAGCAAUUAACGUACUUUAGGGGUCGUGUACAAAUCUGUAACAAUAGGCCAAUUGCACGAUGACUUGAUUUACUACUACGACCAGAAUCCAUCAGGGUUUUCCUUUCUGGUGCAAAUUACGGCUUUUGUCAUUUAAAUCUCGCUGGGAUUACCAAGAUUUAAAUAUGACAAGAAAAACGAAAAGGAUUCUGGUCAUGAUUCAUGACGCCAUCGUGCAAAUGGCCUAUUAAGAGCAAGAAAAAGAUGUGUUUUUUUUUCAAGGACCAAAGUUUUUUUUUUAACUCGCUUGACAACGAAGUCAUCAACUCUAGAUCCCUUCCCUUUUUUUUAAAUAAGUAGUUAUGACACGUUAAACUGCAGUGUUGAAGACGGCCUAAGUUUGCAUAAGUUCUCCCCGCCAGUUUUCUUUCUGUAUUUUUCCUUUUGUUUGGCAAAUAAAUGAAUAAAUAAAUAAAUAAAUAAACAAGUAAAUGAAUCCAGCUUUAACUAAGAUUAGAAAUAUAAGAUAAAUGGAAGGGGUCGUUAACACAAAAAACGCACAUGAAAUUAGAAAUUCAAUUAAAAGGUAAAAUCAGAUGUCUUCUUAGUACUGACUGAACAGAUAAACUCUUAAAAUUAAGCUCCUUAAGUCGGGAAUCUAAUUUCAACUUUUUUGGAAAAUAGAUGAAAAUUACAGGAGCCACUGAAAUGACCUGAAACAAAAUCCCACAAUACAGCGCCUUUAUAACACUGAGUUUUUCGAAUAAUAUGUAGAAAGUCACGGGGCAACGGGCUUAUUUUGUCCUCAGACGUUAAACGGAGUCUUUUCACACAGCUUACAUAGGAAAUCAACGUUAUUAAACAGUUGUGAAAUAAUUUAACGAGACUUAAUUUGUACUCGUAUCAUAAAUCGAGUUGCACGAGGCUGGUAACUUCCAUAACUGUUAUCGAUGGCAUAUCCCAUUGAAAAUUAUUAAAACUUAGCCUUUAAGUAAUACAAUCCAGAGCCAUCCUCGGAGACCCAGGGGCAGUCAGUCGGGUCGGGAGAAAAGGCGCGACGAAAGCCUACCGCUGGGUCUCCGAGAAUGGUCUAGAGCUUGCACGGAUUUAACGUGAUCUAAUUUAGUAAAAUUCACCCUGAUGGUGAUGUUGUAUGUUGACAGUAAGGAGGAUCAUCUUGAAACAUAAGUCAAGAAGAGAUUCUCGUUUUAGAAAAGAGAUUUAUGUCUCUCUAGAAUUUAUAAGUUUUAAGGAAAUUUUGCUUAUCUUCUCUUUUUCCUUGCCUUUUUUAUUUGUAUAGGUUUUUGGGCUGCCGAGGUAUUUCCUUGAGAAGUAGAUGCACUGAGCUGACAAGUCUUAUAAGAAUUGUGGGAUUGAUAGGGAGAUAAACGGGUCACAUCCUCCCUUGAAACUGUAGUUCUGGUUCAUAUCUUAUAUUAUAAUGUACUGUUGGUUUCCUGUAAGUUUGAUUUCACUGUUACCGUGUUUUUUUUUUUCAUCAAUAGAGAGAUUGAGAGUGAACUUUACGGCAAACGUCAGAUUCAAGUAGAGAAUUCCUUAAAAGAGGGGAGGUGCUUAAAGCAAUCCAAAACAAUUGUUGUAGACAAAAACAACGUGAAGGUGCUAAUUUGGGGGCAGAAGUAUUGAUAACAGUAAAGCACAAGUGACUUGGUUACAUGGUACAAAUUCACGUUUGCCUUUUGCCGUAAUGCAUGGUUCAAUUUGACCUGUUACCAUGCCUCCCCAAGCAUUUCCAAUUUUUUUCUUCCCUGGUGGUCUAUUCCCCACCCCCGGACACACAGAAGGAGAUAAUUCCCCACCCCGAGCCCCUGCAAAACAAGACGUUUUCUGAACUAAUAUGAACGUUUUAGAGCGGUUUUCACUUGACUGUCGAAAGGGAUUGGUUUUGGUUUUGGUUUUGGUUUUACUACGCCCUUUGGUUGGCUAGUGUAUUUACUUUGGUUUUGGUUUUACGACAGUCAAGUGAAAACCGCUCUAUAGAGUUAUUGAGAGAAGAAUAAUACAUGUAUGCAGUUUAAGCGCGAACAAUACAUUUGAUAGAUCAAAUCUAUGUUUAUCUAUCUAUAUAUUAUAUUAAAAGCCUUGUAUCCGUUUCCAUAUACAGUCUAUUGAAGUUGUCUUACUAUUAAACUAGACAGAAGAAAUAUUUCUUUGUUUCUUUUGCAACUGAAAAAAAAAACAUUUAAGUACGCACCAUACGCUUUGAUAGGUUAUUCCUCUUCAACCACUCUACGACAAAUUCCUGCGUUUUCCCUUGAAAAUACAUAGCCUUGAGCUGAGUUUCAAAGCUUCGUGCAAACUACGCGAGAAAUAACACGUACUUCUCAAAAUGAAAGAAAAGUAAUUUUUGAUUUCCCCCAGCCCCUACCCCUGGACAGGACGGCUUCAAACAGUUCCCCACCCCCGGCCAGAAGGGGAGGACUUGUCCCGGGGUUUGCCCGGGGGAAUGGUGACACGUUUAACUGAACCAUGCAUAACCGUGACUCUAAAAAGUAUUUAGAAUAUCACAUCGUCGUGGCCUUUGGCCGAAAUCACAACACAAAUCACACGCAGCAGUCGUGUUUCCUGGCUCAUUUUAAAUGAAUGAAAAUUUAAAUGAAUUUAAAUUUGAAUACCUUUUUUAUAGUAAAUGACUGUAAUUACGCCGCCAUUAUGCUACCGUAGUCCUUAGUAGCCUUUGGUACAGGGCGGCGGUUUCCACCCACUCUAUUGUUCGUUAUGUCUACUCUUCCAUCCUUCCUCUGGUUUCCAAAUCAAGGUUUGCGACACUCAGGAAGGACUGGACAAUCACUCACCGCAAAAUUACGCUGCCUCACACUCCAAACUACAGCUAGACUGCAAAACAGUCGGUAUUUUUCUCAAAAUCGGUGAGGCGUAACGUAAGAGGUUUUAUGCGCGCGAACCUCACACGCCCGUAGGGGCGUAUUUUUAGCGCCUCUCUCUAGUUCUCGUUCUCGCUCCAGACCUUUUGUUUGACUGUUCGCGCGAACUUGAAUACGCAAAAAUACGGACUGUUUUGCAAUCUAAAGUACAGCCAUUUAGACUGUUCACAGCCUUCUUUUAAGGCGCUUACGCAACGACGACGGCGACCGCCACGAGAACGUCCACAAAGCAAAGCAACAACUCUGCACGUGUGGCACGUGCAUCACCUUAUUUGGUGCCUUUUUUGCCGUCACUACACGACUACGAGGGGAAACUUUCUAAGGGACGGACCAUUAGAAAACUUAUGGGGAGGGCGGGCGAAGUACAAAAAAAAUUUUCGCGCAAGGGAAAAUUGAAUG